CGGAGACUUACGGUGGGCAAUCUCGUGCGAGAAUUCAUCCCACGUACUCCCCCAUCAUCAAGCUCCGUCCACCGUGAGUCUAGCACUCCAGCUUUGUGGUGCUUUGGACCCUUCAUAACCUCCGCCCAUCCUCCCUCUCUCACCUCACUAUCCUUCUCCGUUUUUCUUUUCCUCCUCCAACCCUCAUUACCUCUACCCACACCCCACCGCGAUGCUGCGUCCAACCAUGUUUUUGCGCGGGGCCAGCAGGCCGCUGAUGGCCGCACGCUCCACUGCGAUCCGCGCAUACAGCGUCCAAGCUCCGCAGCUCGCGGGUGUCGACCCGUCCAAACUGGUCAUCCAGCGCACGUCGACCCCAAGCGAGCUUAUGAAGGAGGAGGAUCUGGUCUUCGGACGCACCUUCACCGACCACAUGCUCUCGGUUGAAUGGACUGCGAACGAUGGCUGGGCUGCACCCCGCAUCACCCCUUACCAGAACCUCUCUCUCGACCCCGCCACCUGCGUCUUCCACUACGGUUUCAGCUGCUUCGAGGGCAUGAAAGCGUACCGCACGGCUUCCGGCAAGAUCCGCCUGUUCCGCCCACACAAGAACAUGGCGCGCCUCAGCAAUUCGUCGGCGCGCAUUGCCCUGCCCGGCUUCGACUCCGAUGCGAUGGUCGAUUGUAUCUCCAAGUUCGUCGCACUCGAGGAGAAGUUCGUGCCCAAGACCCGCGGGUACUCGCUUUACCUCCGUCCCACGAUGAUUGGAACGCAGAGGACCCUGGGUGUUGGCCCACCCGGCAGUGCGCUGUUCUUCGUGAUCGCCUCGCCUGUCGGCCCUUACUACCCCUCCGGCUUCAAGGCCGUCAGCCUCGAGGCGACAAGCAACUACGUCCGUGCCUGGCCCGGAGGAACUGGAGACAAGAAGCUCGGCGGUAACUACGCGCCGUGUAUCCUCCCGCAACAGGAGGCCGCCAAGCGUGGGUUCCAGCAGAACCUCUGGUUGUUCGGUGAGGAGGGAUAUGUCACCGAGGUUGGCACUAUGAACCUCUUCACCUGCUGGGUGAACAAGGAGGGAGUCAAGGAGAUCAUCACUGCGCCGCUUGAUGGAACCAUCCUCGAGGGUGUCACUCGUGAUUCUAUUCUUGCUCUGGCUAGGGAGUUCUUGACGAAGGAGGGCUGGCAGGUGUCGGAGAGGAAGUACACCAUCAAGGAGAUGGCCGACGCUGCUGACGAGGGGCGGUUACUCGAGGCUUUCGGUGCUGGAACUGCCGCUGUCGUUUCCCCUGUUCGUAGAAUCGCUUGGGAUGGCGGCGUUGGUGGUACCCAGAAGGACAUCAUGGUUCCCUUGCCUGAAGGAAAGGAGGCCGGUCCCAUCGCUGAGCGCAUAUGGAAGUGGAUGGCCGAGAGGCAAUACGGCGAUAUCGAAAGCGAGUGGAGUUACCCCGUCAAAUUGUCGUCUUCAUAGUUUGAACCCGACUAUGAGCAGUGGCAAAUAGGUCGCCCGUCAUUCUGUUCGUUUGAACACACAUGGCGCUAUCCGCAUGGCAGGUAAUUGGGUGUGGUGGGAGUCUUGUGGUUUGGAUGAGUCGUGUACGCUGUAGAAUUGUUCUAGAUGUCAUUUCUGCUGUUUUCUUGCUUCUGUUUUCUUUCCUGUGUUUCGUUUUUUUUCUUUCUCUUCAUGGCUUUGUUUGUAUGGCUGGGGUGUUUAGAUUUCGGGUUGCCUGCAUGUUGAAUUCUGCUGCCGUUAUGAUGAGAUGAAUGGGAUAUAUCUAGAAUCCAGAUAGGUGUUGAUCUGAGGGCUUCUUCU